CACAGUGGUGCAAGGAACCUAAACUCUUGUAAGACAGAGCUUGAUGAUUUCAUUUCUGUGGUAGGACAAAAAUGAUCCUUGAGUCAUAAACUCAUCUUUGGAUCUGUGGUUACUGAUUUCUGGAUAUCUGCUUGUUUUGACAUAGCACAAAAGUGUGGGGUGAAAGAGUUUACCAGCUGAUCAUACUGGUGCAUGUAUUUCUGGUAUAUUAAUUAUGCCUCCCCCUAAUUUCUGUUGAUUAUCUGAAAAAGCAUUGGUUUUGUGAGUAGAAUAGGGAGCUGAUUUUACUGGAAAUGUUGAAGGUGGGCCACAGAAAAAGGCAGAUAUAAGGUAGGCAGCACUAAUGCUGAACUAUUAGCCAAGUCUUCCAGAUGCCUCACUGGCAGGUGUUAAAACAGUGAAAGAGACACAUCUCAAUCCUUAAAGGUCCUUAAUUCAUCACAGAUUAAUCCACCAGACUGCAUUAUUUUGCUAAUUUUCCAAGAAUCAGUGCGUUUUGAAAUGGUUAUAAAAAUGCUUUAAGAUUCUAGCCCCUUUGUUAGCUCCUCGCAUCUCCUUCAUCUAGGUGUCUGUUUUCAGGCUUUCAGAACAGGAGGGUUUGGCACACACACAAAGGGACACAUUUCAUGGUGACCAGAACUCUGACCCUCCUUCCUCUAUUUGCUAUCGAAAGCAAAUUGCUCUUCUCCUGAUCUCUGCCCUGAAGCUGCCCUCUAUUCCCAGCUUUGUAGGGCCUCAUUUCUGCUUGAAAUUGGGCGUUCAUACGGCUGGACCUGAGGCUGCUGACAAGAAUCACGGGCAGAUCCUUAGAGACAAACUCAUGUAAACACGGAGUGGCAAUGUCAAUCUUUCUGCUGUGUUCUUUGCUGUAGAACUACCGCUCGCGGGCUUCACCAGUGCCUCUUUCGCUUGGCUUCCCGCUAACUGUGGUGCAGAGCUAUUUCUCUGGAAGAGCUCUGAGAAGCUAGAAACUUUCUAGGCUAUGCUGGAUCAGACCCUGGGCAAGCCGAUCUAGCUGUGGUGUCCCUGCGCAUUGCACGGGAGCUGGACUAGGUGGCCUACGGAGGCACCUUCGAACUCUAAGGAUUCUAUGAUACUAAGCUGGUGCAGGUCCCGGACUCGUGAAGAUUCUUAAAGUGGAUCACGAAACCAGCCAGUCUCACUGAUCACCGCUCCGCGGAGCCCGCGGACAUCCCGCUACCUCCCGCCCGCUGCCUCAGCAGCGCUACGCGACCGCCAAGUGAAGUUCAACAGAGCUGAUCUGAGGACGGGGCGAAACCUACGCUCUCCCAUUGGUGGCGCAGGCCUUGGCCCCGCCUCCCUUCCCUUCCGCUGGCCGGGACGUAGGGAGCGAGUGAGCGCAUGCGCGAUCGCCCGAGCGCCGAUGGCGGCGCCCGCGGUCCCGACGCCGCGGUACGAGCAUAUGGGGCCGCGCGGCCCGUAUCGGGACGUGUACGAGCCGGCCGAGGACACCUUCCUGCUGCUGGACGCCCUGGAGCGGGAUGCGGCCCAGCUCCGGCAGGCGGGGAUCGACAUCUGCCUCGAAGUAGGGUCUGGGUCUGGUGUGGUUUCAGCAUUCCUAGCUUCCAUCAUUGGAGCCAGUGCGCUCUACCUAUGUACAGAUAUCAAUCCUAUGGCAGCUUACUGUACGCUGGAGACAGCUCAGCUGAACAAUGUUCACCUUCAGCCAGUCAUUACUGACUUGGUCAAAGGACUGUCACCAAGAUUAAAUGGGAUGGUUGAUCUACUGCUCUUUAAUCCACCAUAUGUGGUAACACCCUCAGAAGAGGUGCAAAGCCAUGGAAUAGAGGCAUCCUGGGCUGGUGGCAAAAAGGGCAGAGAAGUAAUGGACAGAGUUUUUCCAUUAGUAGCAGAUUUGCUUUCAGCAGGAGGAUUAUUCUACUUGGUCACAAUUAAAGAAAAUAACCCAGAUGAAAUUCUGGAAACAAUGAAGAAAAAUGGCUUAGAAGGCACACGACUGCUUUCCAGACAAGCAGGACAAGAGAUGCUUACUAUCCUCAAAUUUAGGAAGCCUGAAUAACUGUUUUUGUUAUAUAUACUAGGCAUGCCAAAGGUUGGAUAUAGAGUAAAGUUGUCAAAUCAUUUCCUAAGUCAGAUUUGGACCAAGUGCAUCCUCACUUCCUCAUUAUUGCAAUGAAACUGAUCAAGACUGUCCUUAUUUUUAUUCUGGAUGUCAACCAGCUUUUAUCUGGUUGUCAGGUACAGCUGUUCUCUGGCUAACUGCAGGAGAGGUGUGAGUGAACUGGAAGAUACCAUAACACAUCAUGUUUUGCACUUCGCUGCUUUUACAAGUAGGAAUUUGUGUAUUUAUUUUUUUGGCUUAUUGAAAGAACAUACGUAUUUGAUGUAACUUUUCCUGUUUUAAUAGCUUCUCUGUUCCUCUGUUUGGUUUAAAUGAAAAUUUGGAAUCAUGUUACUCAUUUUGAUGUAAUACAAGGCACGGCUUUCGUAGAAACUGAUCUUUAAGGUUCUGUGUUAACAGAAACUUUAAAUGAUUAGUUAGCUUUUUUCAUGGGGACUAAAGUCAUAAUUUUUUGUUUGUUUUGUCAGUUACUAAGGCAUUAGAAUAACUGUUCUAUAUGACUUCAGAGGCAAGCAUAUAACUCUCUACUAAUCUACCUGGCGAAAACUUUAGAAGGUUUUUCAUCGUUGGAGCUGACCACCCAAAAAAGCUCAGCUAGGAGACUGAAGAAGGGUUUUGGACAAGCAGAACACCAUGAAAGAAAUUAAAGUGUAGGGCAUGUUAGCAGAAACACACAACUGCAAACCUAGCUAGACCACCUGAGGAUGAGACAUUUUACUGCAAAGUAAUGUGGGAGGCUACUUUUUGACUGAUACAGGUCAGAAGUUGAUAUUUCUCAGGCAGAAAGCUUAUUCCUUGUACUAUGCUGAAGAGCAUACAGUACUAGAGAGCAGGCAGUCCACAGUGGUGAUUGUUCUACAUUCCAAGAUCACUAUUCCCCAACUCAGAAGACUAUGGAAAAACAAACACUGUGAUUCAAUUCAAGCACAGCUAAUGCAUUCCUUUCAGAUAACGUGGGUUUUUUUUUUUUGUCAAUAUGAUUUUAUAUAGAUUAAUAUAAAUGUGAGCACAAACACCCGGAAGGAGAAUUUAGACAGAAGAUUCAGUUAUGAAAAGGAUAUUACCCAUUGUUUGUUAAGUACAAGAAUCCCUAAAUAACAAAGUGAGUCUCACUGACCAAAGUGAAGCUACAGUUAUCUUUGAUUCUUAACUUCAGAAUACCUUGUCUAAGGAAUGCCAAACUGAGAUGAAAGUUUGUGACCACCUGUGAAAUAGCAAUUCCAUAGUCUCUUUCUAGUGAUGAAUUUAAGCAAUUCAUGUUCUUGCAAUUUACCUCCUUUAGUGUAAGGAGGGGAGCUUCUCAUUGAUAUUGCUUUUAUGCAGAAUUGUUUUUUUGGUGUUAUAGCUGUAGUGCUGUUCCUCCUUAAGAUUGCUCUGUGGGCUUUCUUUUGUUAAUCAUUUUGACCAAAGUAAAGUUGCUGUGCAAAGGUCAUGACAUCAAAAAACAAUUUUAAGAUGGAGUUAAAAUAUAUAAUGGAAUCAAACUGCAAGUUUAACAAAGGGAAUUUUUAGUUCAUCUGACUCUGAGCUGUAAUUUAAAAAUUAGCUUAAAAACAGGUAAUCAAAAGAAAAAAAUGCAGUUAGCCCUUGAGCAUGUGGUUUUAAUACAAGUUAUAAAUGACAAUAAUGGAUCAGAACACAACAUGUAAUAAAACAACACGCUUUCAACAAAAACAGA